CAACCGAGUUAGUAAUAAUCAAGUCAACAUAUAACUUAUGUGGAAAUUAUGGCGUUUCUACUAAGUAAAGUAUUUUCUGUCCAACCUUUUAAAUUUCAAACACGUAAUAUAUUUAAAACCGCAGUUUCUUUAUCUGACAAGCUCUUUGUUCAUAGAGAUACUGAAUAUAAUAAUGCCAAUACGCCAUUUGAAUUUACAGAAGAAAAUAAAAAAAGAGCAUCUGUUAUUAUAUCGAAUUACCCAAAAGGUCACGAAUCUGCUGCAACGAUACCUUUACUUGAUUUGGUGCAAAGACAAUUAGGAUGGGUCCCAUUAUCAGGAAUGAACUAUGUUGCUAAAAUGCUUCAGAUGCCUGAGAUGCGCGUGUAUGAAGUUGCAACCUUUUAUACAAUGUUUAACAGAGAGCCUGUUGGAAAAUAUCAUAUUCAGAUUUGUACAACAACACCAUGUAUGCUAUGUAAUUCCGACUCUAUAAUGUCAGUUAUUAAAGAAAAACUCCAAAUUAACCCAGGUGAAACUACAAAAGACAAAAUGUUUACUUUAUCAGAAGUGGAAUGUUUGGGUGCUUGCGUAAAUGCACCAAUGGUUCAAAUUAAUGAUAACUUUUACGAGGAUUUGAAACCAAGUGAUAUGGUGGAAAUUAUUGAAAGUCUUGCAAAAGGAAUUAUACCAAAACCUGGUCCAAGAAGUGGUCGUUUUGCAAGUGAACCUGCAGGGGGAUUAACUUCUUUAACUUCGCCACCAAGAGGACCUGGCUUUAAGUUGCAGUCUGGUUUAUAACAGUUUAUAGGCUUAAAAAUAGUAUGCAACAGUUAUUGAGUUUGCAUGAUAUUUUUUAAUAGUAAUUAUUGAAAAUAUUUGUUCAAGCAUAAA